CCGCGCGCGCUCCCGUCACCAAGAGGGGCGGGCUGGGCGGGGGUUCCUCAGUCGGCGGCGGAAGGAGCGCGGAUACCUGAGGCCCGGUUAACGGGACAGGAUGAGCGGCGAGGACAGAAACGAGGAGUUCUACCGGCAGCUGCAGCUCCAGCAGCAGUAUGAGGCCAAGCCAGCCGAGGGCGAAGACGAGGGCGAGUCCGACCCCUUUACCUACGUGGACCCGGCGGACGGGGCUGCCUACGAGUGGGACCUGGAGAAGAAGGCCUGGUUCCCCAAGAUAACAGAAGAUUUCCUGGCAACCUAUCAUGCCAACUAUGGCUUCCCUGCAAAUGAGACAGAUGAUACUUCAUCUGCUUCUGGUACAGCCGCUGAAAGUAAUCAACCAGUAAGUUCUAAGUCAUCAGGAACACAGCCAUCAGCAAAUAAGACAGGACAAAACCAAACAGAUCCAAAACAAAAAUCAGAAAAAAGGAAACUAGAGCCAGGGUGGUUUCAUGUUGAAGAAGACAGAAACACGAAUGUUUAUGUGACAGGUUUACCUCCAGACAUUACAAAAGAUGAAUUUGUGCAAGUCAUGUCAAAAUGUGGUAUCAUCAUGCGAGAUCCUCAGACAGAAGAACACAAGAUCAAGCUGUACAAAGAUAAGGAAGGAAAUCUUAAAGGAGAUGGCCUCUGUUGUUAUCUGAAGAGAGAAUCAGUUCAGCUUGCUUUGAGGCUUCUGGAUGAAGCAGAAAUCCGAGGCUAUAAAUUGCAUGUGGAAGUUGCAAAGUUCCAACUGAAGGGGGAGUAUGAUGCAAGCAAAAAGAAGAAGAAAUGUAAAGACUACAAGAAGAAGUUGUCACAACAGCAGAAACAGCUGGAUUGGAGGCCAGAGAAGAAAGAUGGGGCAACUCGAAUGCGGCAUGAACGCAUCGUUAUUAUCAGGAACAUGUUUCACCCCAAGGACUUUGAGGAGGACCCUUUAGUGCUAAAUGAGAUAAGAGAAGAUCUGCGGACAGAGUGUGAAAAGUUUGGUCAAGUAAAGAAGGUUCUCAUAUUUGAUAGGCACCCUGAUGGUGUCGCUUCUGUGUCAUUUAAAGAAGCAACAGAAGCUGAUCUGUGCAAGCUGACUCUAAAUGGAAGGUGGUUUGGUGGCCGUCAGCUCAGUGCGGAAACAUGGGAUGGUGUAACAGAUUAUCAGGUGGAGGAGACUGCAAGAGAAAGGGAAGAAAGGCUCAAGGUGUGGGAGUCAUUUUUAGGGGAUUCUGACACAAAGGAGCAGCAAACUACAUCUGAUUCGGAUUCUGCAUCAAGUAGUGUUAAACUGCCCAAAGGGAAACAACCUCCAGAGGUUAAUGACACACUUAGAGAGGUUGCAAAUGAUGAAGCCCAUAAGAGGGAGAAUAAUGGUGAGGGUGUUAAUGAAGAUGGAGCUCCAUCCACCGACAGCAGUCUUGCAGGCAGUGAUGGUGAAGCUGAUACAUAACAUCUUUAAUGCUUUAUGAAUGCAUGAUUUUUAGGGUGAUGUUUGAGUGUAUCCCUUUCUUCAGGGUGACUGCAGACAAUAUUCAUACGAAUAUAGAUAUAUUAGAAUGCCAUCAACUGUGUACUUUGAAGUUUUCAUUAAAAACAGUAUUUAAUGAGGUUCUAAAAGUUUGUAUUAAUUGGCUGUUCGGGUAAAGUAACUCAAGUUGCCAAGAACUCGGUAAAACUCAUCAGACAUAUUUUGUUCAAACUAUGCUUGUUAGUGUUUCAUCAUGUGAGUGUGAAAUAUGUUCCAACCCUUAAGUUUAUGUAACUAUAUGUAACUUAUGUAAUGCAGAGCUUUUACAAGAUUUGUGGAUUGUACUGUUAAUUUUCCUAAAGCCCUUGGAACUCAGUAUUUCAAUAAUUUGUGUCCUGGUAUGUUGGAUCAUUUUAUUGAACAAGUGCUGUGAUCCAUAUAGGGUGAAUGCAUUGGACAUGUUGCUAUGUAUUAGGUGGCAGAUGGUGAGUAGUAUCAGGUCACAAGCUUAAAGAAAGUGGCAGACAGUGUUGCCAUAGCGACCCUAAGGUAAACUGAGUGAAGAGAGGUUAUUGAAUCACAGCAUCCAGCAAAUUAGUUUUUCCUUCUGUUUAGAUCUUCUGUUGAUGUUGGAUAGAGGCUGGAAUUAUGUCACAGAGACCAGAAAUGCAUGAACACACGUAUUCUAGGCCAUAAUAACAUUGAUUUUACUCUCAUGGUCUGUAUGCAGUAGGUAUCAGAAUAGGUUUUUGAUUUUUGUGGUGGCUUUAUUAGUUCUUGCUUUAAAAUAAAAGUAAGGGGUUUUUGUUAACUUUGUUAGCAAAUGUGAGUUCUCCUCAACAUUUUAGCUUAGCUCUGUGUCCUCCUCACAGUAGGGAGGAUCUUCCAUAUUUCAUAAAACUUAAAUGCUUUUGGCAACUCAGAUUGCAGUUUGUUGUGCAAAAGUUAGAAUACUUUAAAAUAUGCUUUCAAAUAAUGCUCUUAUAUGGAAAAAGCACAUUCUAGUCCUCUUCAAAAUAUUUCCAAAAGCAAGGACUUAGAAGAUAUUCAAACUUUGGAGAUCUUAAUAAGUGGCAGGCUUUCAAAAAUAACUGAGUGGAGCUAUUUUGGGCAUAGUGUCUUAACUUAGAAUUCCACUAUUUUGAUAAGUAAGAAUAGAAGAACAUGGAUUUAGGCACUAAAUAAUUAAAAAUUCUUAGCAUGCUGUUCAUAUGGAUGGUUACCAGUGCACAUUUGCAAGGAGGAUCCUUUGAAUUUUUUUUAAUUCAUAUUGGAUUGCAAGAAACUGUAGAUGAUAAUUCCUGUGUUUCCAUCGUGAGAUAAUCAGAAUACUCUGAAAAUGGUAUUUUCAAACCUUGUGCUAUGAGAUUACCAUACAAAUUUUUUCCUGAAUUCUAUAUGGUUGUCUAAGUUUGUUGGGUUUUUUUUAAUAUAUAAUCAAUAUGUGUGGGUGGCUAUAUCAACAAGAGCAUAGAAGUUAUCACUUGCCAUUGUGGUUAUAAAUUACAUCUUUUGCGACAGAAAUAGCUGUCAUAUUUUAAUACAGGGGUUAAAAGUCUGGGGGCUCAUAAUUACGCUGAUACGACAAAUUUCACAUUAUGAAUUGCAUUAUAAAGAAGAGAUGUAGCUCUUGCCAGCUAAAAAAAAGUAAAUUUUCUCAUCUUUCCAAGUGUCUGGAUUGUGUGUUUCAGCAGAGCAGGUGUUUGAAGAAUUCAGGGAAUUUGGAACACUGCCUGCUUAGUAGCUGUAAGUAGUGGUGUAUUCAGAUACAUUUCUGGGUUGUGUUGGUUCUGCCAUAGUUAUUUUUAUUGGUAAGAAACACCACAGACCUUUGAGAACUGAAAGUGUUUACAUAUGAGGAUGUAGUUUAGUGUGGUGAGUAUUGCUUUCAGUGCUCCUUUUCUUCUUCCAGCUUCUAGACUCCAGGCUUUAGGUCUCUUACUCCUGUGUUUGUUUUGUUUGUUUUUUUAAGGGAGCACAGUUUUGUAACACUACACAGUUAAUCACUUAUUUUACAGUGGAGUGACAACUGAUAUAGGGAAACUUGUGGAAAUGCCUACAACUUUUAAAGUUCUGUGAAGCCUUACCAUGGUAUCGGAUAUGGAAAACAAGGUUAGUGUUAGUGUUUGAAAUAAGACUUUGAAAAAUAAGGAAUUGUCGUAUGUGCAGUAAACCUUCUCUCUCCAAUUGAUGUGCAAAUUUGACUGGCUUGCUGCAGAAGUUCAAUGUGCUCUUAGUCCUUUCCCAUUCUCCUUUAGACGUCACACUAAAGUAGAGCACCAACAAAGACUGAGACUAAAUGCUUUACUGGUUUUCCUAUUAACUAGGAUUCUUAAGAAAUAAAAGUUCUUUUUCCAUGCAAA